AUGACCAGAUCAGUAGGCUUAUCACAACAAGAAAGAACCAUCAGUAAUCAUAAGUAUAAGCCUUACCAUCCCAAACAACAUUCUAAGACAUAUUCACUCUUUUCAAUCUACUCACCCAAAUUCUCCAUCUAUUUCCUAAUCACUUGUGCCAUUCUUUUCAUUGUUUUCCAAAUCCAAUCUUUACAAACCCCAUCUUCUUCUCCUUCCACAUCUCUCUUGCCAUCAUGGACAUUCUUGAAUCAGUGGCAAAAAGUCAUCAUCAACACAACUACAAGCAUAUCAACUUUCAAUAAUGACCACAACUGCAACAAUGAUCAAGAUAAUCUCACCAAAUCAAUGACCAUGAAACUCCGCGAGUCGGUUACAUUUCUUCCUCUGAAAGACUUACGUUACUCCUCCACAGCUCAACAAGGACACACAUGGUUCAUGAGUUCCAUGUAUGACACACAUGAAGAAGGUGAAGUCCAAUACCAAAUAUUCCCUUCAAAUGCAUCAAAAGGUAGAGUUUUGUGCCUUAAAGGUAAUGACACUCAUGAUGGUGCAUGGAAUUACUAUGCACUAGCAUGGCCUGAAACAUUGCCUUACAAUUCCACCUUAAAAAAAGGUCUCAUAUUUGUAUCUUACAAUCACUAUAAUUAUGAUAACAUUUGGCAUGGCUUGUCAGCUAUGGUACCAUUUGUAGCAUGGCAUAUUAAAAACCAAUGUUCACUUGUUCCAUCUAGAUGGAUUUUGUACCAUUGGGGUGAACUUAGGAUUAAAAUGGGACCUUGGUUGAAAUCUUUAAUGGAAGCUACAUUUGGUGAACCACUUCAUAUUGAAACAAAUAAUUAUGGAAAUGAAGAAUCUGAAAACAUGAAUGCUUCUUGUUUUGAGGAUGCUGUGGUGAUGAGACAUAAUGAAGGGGGCAUGUCUAGACAUAAAAGGAUAGAGGUAUAUGAUUUACUAAGGUGUAAGGCCAGAAUUUAUUGUAAUGUGAGCUUAGAAGUUAGGUUGUCGGAGGUGAACGAAGGGGGAUUGCCGGUGAUCGGAAUGACAAUGUAUAUGAGGACUGGACCGAGAUCUUUCAAGAAUGAAUCAGUUGUGAUUAAAAUCUUUGAGAAGGAAUGUCAGAAGGUGGAGGGCUGCAGAUUCAUAGUUGCUUACUCCAGUAAUCGCACUUUUUGUGAACAG